AUGGGCACAUCGAAAGUAACAAUCUUGCCAGACAUGUCGACUGGCCCCACUUCUCUUAUGGGUCUCUUGACAGCUGAGAUUAUUCGCGAUGUCCAAAAAGAAGGCUACACGCCCCAAGCCAUCGCCUCCGCCGUCGCACUCUCGGUCGGUAUCUACGCCCUGGUCAUUGGUGCUCUAAAGUUGGGCUUUCUGCUCGAGUUCAUCUCCAUCCCUGUUCUCAGUGGUUUCAUCAGCGCAGCAGCCAUCGUCAUUAUGCUCGGUCAGAUCCCCUCACUCUUUGGUGUGACCGUCGGCACUGGCACCGCAAACAUCAUCCGCGAUCUCUUCCGCCAGAUCCCUGACUUCGACGGUCCUACAACUGGCAUUGGUCUCGGUGGUAUCGUGAUCCUCGUCCUCAUGCAAAAGAUGGGGCAACGCUGGGGCAAGAAGAACAAAGCAAUCUGGCUCCUCGCCCUCGGUCGCAGUGCCGUCGUCCUAAUCCUUUUCACCGGCAUCUCCUACGCCGUCAACAAAAACCGCGUCAAGGACCCCAUCUGGGCGCUCUCAAAAGUCCAAUCCAACGGCAUCCUACCGCCAAAAAUCCCUUCCUCCCCACUAAUCUCCAAGGUCUUCCCUCGCUCCAUCGCCCCUUUCAUCGCCGCCGCCAUCGAACACCUCGCCAUCGCCAAAGCCUUCGGCAGAAAGAAUAAUUACACUAUCGAUCCCGCACAAGAACUGGUCUACUUAGGCACAACCAACUUCUUCAACUCCUUCUUUUCCUCAAUGGCCGUCGGUGGCGCUAUGUCGCGCACCGCCGUGAAUUCCGACAGCGGCGUCAAAUCGCCCACAUACGGGCUCGUCGCCGGCGGCGUCGUUAUCCUGAGCAUAUACAAACUCAGCCCGGCCCUCUACUGGAUCCCCAAAGCCACACUCGCCGCCAUCAUUGUCACGGCAGUCUGGCACAUCCUCGUCCCGCUCCGAACAUUCUACCUGUACUGGAAAACCAGUCUCGUGGAUUUCAUCGCAUCCAUGCUCGCCUUCUGGCUCACAUUAUUCGUAAGCAGCGAAGUCGGCAUCGGCGCAGCCGUGGGCUGGGGAAUCGCAUAUCAUCUCGUCUUCCUCGCCUUCCACCGCGUGCGACGAGUCACUUCCCUCCCUCUCCCCCUUCCCACCUCCUCCUCCUCCUCCUCCCCACACAAAAACUCCAUCCCACCCGACACACAAAUCUUCGCCCUGCACCAACCCCUCCUCUUCCCCAACGCCUACCACGUCAAGUCCCAAAUCCUCGACGCCAUCACCACACACAACACAGGCGACCCCUCCACCCUCGCCACCGCGCGCGCCAAUCGCAACUGGAGCGUCGCCGGCGAGCGCCGCGCAGCCCGUCUGCGCAGCCGCGCUGGCAUCUCCGACGCCAACGAGCCCGUGCAGAUCCGCCUUGUCGUCCUGGAUCUCAGCGGCAUGCACAACAUCGACACGACGGGGCUCACCGCGCUGGCGGAUCUCGUGGCCGAUGUGAGCAAGUUUGGCGGGAAAGGCACGGCGGUGCGAUUUGUGGGGAUGAAUGAGAGGGUUAGGGCCAGAUUUGGGAGGUUUGGGUGGGGCGUGUAUGAUGCGGGGGCGGGGCGGGAUGAGAGGGGCGAGGGGAAGACGGGGGUGUAUGGGAGUGUCGGGGAGGCGGUGUUUCGGAGGGGGAGGGGCACGAGUGUUGAUGAGGGGGAGGAUGGGAUUGAGGCGAUGGAGGUUAUGGUUGUUGGGGGGGAUAAGGAGAAGGUUUAG